UGAUGGACCUAGAAUUUGACAAUGACACACUCAAACGACGAAAUACAUAUCAAAUACCUCCAGCAAUGCCUCGACGAGGCUCGAAAAUCUCCACCGAGGCCGACCAAUUUCUGCGUUGGAGCACUGAUAUUGCAUGUUCCUAAAGAUGGAGCAGAGCCACGGGUGCUGGUCACUGGCUAUACUCUGGAGUGCCCUGGAAAUACACACGCUGAACAAUGCUGCUUCAUAAAACUUGCUAAGGAAGCAAACUUGCCGGAAGAAAGGGUAGAUGAAGCUUUACUACUGGACGGAGAAAUCGUUCUCUACACAUCCAUGGAACCAUGCUGGAUGCGACUGAGUGGGAAUUUACCAUGCGUCCAACGUAUCCUACGAGCGAAGCAUAUAAGAAAGGUGAUAUGUGGUGUGAGAGAGCCAGAAAAGUUUGUUGGAGAGAACCAGGGACGUAAAAUUCUUGCAGAUGCCGGAAUAGAAGUGCUCUACGUUAAUGGACUUGAGGAAGAUAUAUUGAAAGUAGCUACGGCAGGGCAUGCGAAAGAUGGCGAUGAGCAUUAAGAUCAUUGGCUACCAAAGAUUUCGAUCCUUCGAUAUCUUUUGCUGUCGAUAAUGUCAAUAGGCAACUCACGGUUGGCUAUUGGUCUUCAUUUCCUCUUCGGCGCUUUUCGGAAUCGAUACAAGAUACGGAACGGUAAUAGAGUUUAACUUUCGAAAAAUCUACGAUUGAAUCAGUUUGUGGUUAAACAUGGACAUGAAAUCACACGCCACAGCCUUGUCCGACACAGAUAAUAAGCCAAAGAGUAAAUCCGCCAAUCUGUCGACUGAUAUGUCUAUAACAGGACGAACGGGUGGAAAAAUACAACUACUUACAUCCGCAAUACUAGAAUCGGGAAGCUUUCCAUCCCACUUGUCUUCGACUCUGGAGAUUUUCGAACCAUCCGGUGAAGUGAAUAUGUUGACUUUAGAAGACACAGUGGUUUCUUUUCCGAUUCCUUUGACUUUGUAGCGGGUUUUGAGAUCUACAAUUAUCGGGUUGCCUGAGGAGACGACCUGGUGCGAUAGACGCUCAAUCUCGGAAAAUGCUUGCUGCAAUCCGUACUGCGAACGUCAAAGAUGUCCUGGAGUACAUGAAAAUUUGCAGCAUACCCAUUGAGGCUCAUAUUUCUUUCUACCUUUGGCAAUAGUCAG